AUGUGCCCCUCCUACGCCUUAUUUAUCGCAGGCAAGAUCAGCUUCCACGAAUCGGACACCCUGUCACCGGGUUCCAACUUCCUGUCAUUUAAGGCCAAGAACAAGGAUGGCCACGUGUUCACCGUAGGCAUGGGCAUCUGCUAUGACAUACGUUUCCCCGAGUUUGCCCUUAUCUACGCUCGUCAACGCGGUUGUGAUCUUCUCAUCUAUCCAGGCGCCUUCAACACUACAACUGGUAAUCCGCCCCUCUUCUUUUGCCAUUUGCUUACUCUGUGUGGAAGUUUGUCGUCCUCGCCCCUGGCCGGUAUAGAAACAUGCACCAUUCAGGAGACAGUGCGAAAGAAAACAAAGUACCGUAUCGAAAAUCAGGAAAAUUCUAGAUUUGGAAACCACAUCUGCUUGUUCGUUUUAUGUUAG